AGUAUUUUACCUUUGUGAUAUCACAUUUUCUUUCAUCUUCUCCCGUCUCGCUACCUCCAUUAUUUUAACAAGCCUUGCCUAAUAUCAACACCAUGACCGAAUUUCUUAUUAAGGACGAGGAUUUAAGCAGCCUCAAGGGCAAAGUUGUUGUCCUUACAGGCGGCUCGUCAGGUAUAGGCCUCGCAACAGUCAACCUACUGCUGUCACUAGGAGCAUCAGUGGUCAGCGGCGAUCUUAACCCACCACCGGCUUCCGAGUCGACUGAAACGCCUGACUUGCUCUUUGUGCGGACCGAUGUGGCUAAAUGGGAUGACCUGACCGCUCUGUUCAAGAAAGCGAAGGAACACUAUGGCCGCAUCGACUGCGUUUUCGCCAACGCCGGCAUCGGUCCGCGCGCCAACUACUUGGCUCUUGAGACAGAUGACCAGGGGGGACUAAAGGAACCCUCGCAUGAACUGUUGGAUAUCGGCUUGAGGGGUCUUAUCAACACAGCUUCUCUUGCGGUUCAUUAUAUAAAGGAUCAACCUGAAGGUGGUAGCAUUGUGCUCAUGGGCUCUAGCACCGGGCUACAGCCACUUCGAGCAGUCGACUAUUCCACGGCCAAACAUGGCGUCCUAGGGUUCGGCAGAGGUUUUGCACGGCUUGCGGAGAUCGCGGGGCUUCCCAUUCGCAUCAAUACUCUGAUGCCAUCAUGGACAACGAGCAACGUCCUCCCAGACUUGGAGGGGCUCAUGAGAGCGAUUUCCCAUGUGCCGCAGCCUGCUCUGGUAGUUGCGCGCGCUGCCGUUUAUCUGAUGGCAGAUACAUCCAGACAAGGAGACGCGAUUUUUGUUGCUGAUGGCCAGUACAAGGAAAUCGAAAAGUCUGUGCUUUUGCCCGCCUACGAAACCAUUAAAGGAGAAGGAAACCUUAGCGAUGAUGCAGUUCUAAAACGCCUUUUGGAAUUACCUGCGCAGUAACUCAGAAGGAUACAGUAUGUAGUAGGGCUUCUUUAGUAGAGACAUUAUAUCCAAGUUUAGAAUAAAAGGCAUUGGAAUAGAUGGACAACGCCCUGACCUGACAUUCAUCCUCGAAAUACAAACAGCAAUACCGC